AUGCUAGGGGACUACAACGGCGUGAACGUGCCACGCAGCCGAGUCCAGUCCAGUCCGCGUGUGUCUUGGACACGCAAGGCCCGCGCGGCGGCCUUUCGCGCGGUCCAGAACGGGCCCCGGCCGCCAGCGACGGGAUCCCCGCCGCGGCGCCUUCCUUCGCCGGAGCCACAGCCACGCAGGGCGCGCGCGGGGGGCGCCGGAGCCGCGCUCGCGGACUCGCGGAGGAGCGGCGCAGCGCCGCCACCCUCCGCGACCGCAGUUCAGGAGUGCGAUCCGUAUCGGAGCGGCUUCGUUCCGCGGAAUCCGGCCGCGCAGUUCGGGCGCGCGCCCCCGCCUUCAAUCGGGCUGCGGCGGCAGCACGGAGGGGGAAGCGCACUCGGCGACCGUGGGCGUCGUGAGAUGCGAGGAUGCUCCGGCUUCUGCGGCGAGUGUGGAGAAGGAACACGUGUGUGGCUUGGGUGGUUCCCUCUCAAUCUCAAGGUCACAGUUACAGGCCUAACCACUAGCCUGACAAGAGAUGGGGUUCCUCAAUUACGGAAAGGCAAACAAAAUAUUAUGCUGUUUGCCUGUUCCCCUUUCCGCAGCUGACCCGCUGUUGAUUUUGCUGUGUUCAGAUUGCAGCUCCAUGCUUUCCUGGCAUUCACACACACUAAGUGACUCAAAGGAGUCAGAGAGCAAGUGAUUGCAGCCCUGAAACCUUGCCCUCAUCCACUGCCAGCGCCACCACCGUCCCUCACCAACCCUACGGCGAGCCCUUUCCACUGCGCUCCAACCUCUGCUCCAAUGCUCACCGAGUAAAAGGAACAGGGCAAGGUGGCGCAGUGCAGAGACAGCGUAGGGAACUAUGCGUAAACGACAGAGAAGGACUUGUUUUCUGAGGGUCAAUGAUCGAAGAUUUCAAGCUGGCUGACCCACUCAAGUGCCAGGACGACUAUAUAAGCAUAGUGGCACUGAUUACUGUUGUCUAGGAAUAUUCUCCUCUUUAACGGUUGAAGCUGAGUUAUGCUGUCUGGGGCUUCAUUUGGCAAUGAUAAAUCACCUGACUUGGUCACAGUGAAAGCCGAGGAGAAAGUCAGCUGGGAUUGGGGUAUCGCCGAAUUCUAAAGUGACGUGAUCUGACGUCUCAAGGAUGAGUGGCUCCUUUUAAUCGGGAUGUCGGCAUGAAUGGCGUAGAUCCUACCCUCUGAAAGACAUCCUACUAAGUACGAGCAGCAUCUAUCUUCGCAGGAAUCAUUUGGUGCAGGCAAUGCAACAUGUUCGGAGAAGGAUAUGGUUGGCAUGGGGAUUGCAACUGGAUGCUUUUGCGUUAGAGAACAAAGCUCAUGCAUCUAUAGUGAUGGAACUUGACUCGGACUAGCUCCUAAUAAUGAUGCAAAAAAGGAAAAUUCUAAUGACUACCUUUAUUCUUGAGGUCAAGCGGUAAAAACUAAAGAAGUUUUCUUUGAAACUGGAGGAGGUCGAGAUCGGUUGGUAGUUAUGGUCGUGUUACAGAGCUCGUUUAGAAGGUACUGGAUAUACAAGUUUUGGUGUUUUGCUUGAAAAUUGAAAUCCACUAAAUGUAUGCACGAGGGAACCCCUCGGUUAGUCCCGUAGUGUGAGCUAUGAGAACUGAAGUACCUUUCGUAGACCAUCGACCUCAGUCGUCCAUCAUCUAAUAUGCUAAGGCUGUCAGGUUCUGGCUGCCGUCUCACUCUGGAGGCUUCAAA